UACACGGCCCUGAGGCACUACAUCAACCUGAUCACCAGGCAGAGGUAUGGGAAGCGUUCUGCUCAGGAGGACGUGGUCGCUGAGAUGCUGUUUGGAGACAACCAGAGGUCAAGGUACGAGGACUCCCUCAUGUGGUGAUCCUUCUCCUCCCAUGAUGCACCUGGCCACUCGUGCCUCUCACCUCUGACCCCGACUCACAUCUCACUCAUUACAACACAACUGUACAUAAUUUACUAUUGAUAUAAAACAAUAUAUAUGAGAUCAGAGCUAUUAAUCAGAGGUGUACCUGUGUCCGUCUAUGUCUCUGUGUGUGUGUGUGGGGGUGUGAGGGUGUGAGGGUGUGUGUGUUGUGUGUGUGUGUGUGUGUGUGUG